AUGGCCAGAAGUGUGAGCAGAAGUCGCUCCAGAAGUCCGCACAAUCGGCCCAAAGAUCGUGUCAUCAAACGGAAGACCCAAAGGGACAGAGACUUUGAGAGUAAGGGCUCGAGAGGUAGGGAUAGGGAGAGGGGGGAGAGGGAGAGGUCGCGGGAAAGGGAACGGGAGAGAGACAGAGACAAUGCCCGCGAAAGGGACAGACCUGACAGACCUGUCGUGAGAGACAAACCCAGAGACAGAAGUGAUAGGAAUAGAGACCAUUCCAGUGAUCGUCGCAGAAGUCGGUCACCAAUGAGAAGACGUCGCAGGAGUCGAUCCAAAGAGAGGAGUUCAGCGGAUCUCAAGAAACAAGAGAAGAGACCGGAGAUCAGUGCCGAGGAUUUGGAGGGAAAGUCGCCCGAAGAGAUCGAUAUGAUUAAGACCAUGGGUUUCGUGGGCUUCGACACCACUAAAGGCAAACACGUGAAGGGGAACGACAUAUCGGCCGUACAUUUGCUACAAAAGCGCAAAUACAGGCAAUACAUGAACCGGAAGGGAGGCUUCAACCGACCCCUCGAUUUCGUCGCCUAA